ACGAAGGUGUCUCCUAUCGAGGUCCUUAUCACACGGGCCUGUGAGCCCUCUUUGCACGAACCCAAUUACGCGCUACAUCUUGAGGUCGCAGAGUUCAUCAAUACGAAAAAGGCCAACAAUCCACGAGAUGCUGCCAUGAGUAUCGCUCGCCUCGCAAACCACCGCAACCCCCACAUCGCCAUCCUUGCCCUGGCGCUACUCGAUACCCUCGUUCAAUCAUGUGGAUACCCGUUCCAUCUACAAAUAUCCACCAAGGAAUUUCUCAAUGAGCUUGUCCGCCGCUUUCCUGAGAGACCGCCACCCUUCCCUGGUCCGGUCAUGUCCAGAAUUCUUGAGCUCAUCAACACGUGGAAGGAGACGAUCUGCACGGAAUCGAGGUGGAAGGAGGAUCUGGGGAAUAUCAGAGAUAUGCACCGUCUUCUAACGUUCAAGGGUUAUCGGUUUCGAGACUUGCCGCGACAGCCUUCACUGGCGUCUGCUUCCAAUCUCAAAUCGGCGGAAGAGUUGGAAGAGGAAGACCGGGAAGCCCAAUCAGCUAAACUGCAGGAGCUCAUUCGACGUGGCACCCCGAGGGAUCUGGCGGCUGCGCAGGAACUGAUGAAGUCACUUGCGGGAGCCAAUCCAGACGCGAAGCCGGAUUACCGAUCACAGGCGCUCACGGACCUCAAUAAGCUGGAGCAGAAGGUCAUUUUGUUGAACGAGAUGCUGGAUAAUGUGGACUCAACGAGAGGGGAGCGUUUCGUGGAAGGUGAUGCGUAUCAUCAAGUCUCUCAAAUAUUGGUGGCCGCUCGACCGAAGUUGCAAAAGUGGAGAUCAGACGCGGAAACGGAUGAUCCAGAAUCACUGGAUACCUUCCUUCAAAUCAAUGACCAAAUCAACUCUGUCAUCACACGGUAUGAGGCAUUCAAGAAGGGCGAUUUC